AUGCCAUCAAUAGACCGUCGAUUGAAUUACGAUGUUGGAGGUGACGGUGUUAAUCAUAAUGCUACUGUGAAAGAUCAUGGUGAAGAUUUCGUUAUAUCCGGAGUUUCAGUGAGGUGUCCAGAGUCUGACAAUAUUGAUGAGUUUGCAAAAAAUCUCUUUGAUGGUGUCGAUAUGGUGACAGCUGAUGAUCGACGAUGGCCAGAAGCUACAUUUGGUUUACCAACAAGAAAUGGAAAAUUAAAGAAUGUUAAAUAUUUUGAUGCUGCAUUUUUCAAUGUUCAUCCCAAACAAGCCCAUCAAAUGGAUCCACAAUUAAGACUAUUAUUGGAGGUGACGUACGAAGCGAUUGUCGAUAGCGUCAAUCCUUCAUCAAUACGUGGUAGUCGAACUGGUGUUUUUAUUGGAGCCAGCGGUUCUGAUGCACAAAAUGCGUUUUCAAAUGAUCCAGAAACUUUAGAAGGUUAUUCGAUGACAGGAUGUGCAACUUCGAUGUUUGCAAAUCGAUUAUCAUAUUUUUUUGAUUUUAAAGGUCCUAGUUAUACCGUUGAUACGGCUUGUUCAUCUAGUUUGAUUGCACUUGAUUGUGCAUUAAAUUCAUUGCGUACGGGUGGAUGCGAUUCAGCUAUUAUUGGUGGUGUAAAUUUAUGUUUUCGUCCACAAACAUCGUUACAAUUUUUAAAAUUACAGAUGUUAUCUGCAGAUGGUGCAUGUCGUGCCUUUGAUUCAACUGGCAGUGGUUAUGUGAGGAGUGAAACAGUUGGGAUUAUCUAUAUUCAAAAGCGUUAUGAUAGUAAACGGUUUUAUGCAACAUUAUUACAUUCAAAAACGAAUACAGAUGGUUUCAAGAAAGAAGGUAUCACAUUUCCAAGUGGUCAUGUGCAGCAGCGAUUACUUGAAGAUAUUUAUAAAGAAAUAAAUUUGGAUCCGAGAAUGAUUGUAUAUGUGGAAGCUCAUGGCACUGGUGAUCCGCAAGAAAUGAAUUCGAUAACAAAUGUAUUUUGUAAUAAGCGUGAUGGACCAUUAUUAAUUGGAUCAACAAAGUCAAAUAUGGGACAUCCUGAGCCAGCUAGUGGUAUUGCUGCAUUGGCAAAAUUAUUAAUUUCAAUUCAACGUGGCUACAUACCAGGCAAUUUGCACUUUAACAGUCCAAAUCCUGACAUAUCUGGCUUAACGGAUGGACGUUUACAAGUUAUAACAGAAAAAACGAAAUUGAAUGGUGAUUUCUUAGCAAUUAACUCAUUUGGAUUCGGUGGCUCAAAUGCUCAUGCUGUUUUAAAAGCAAAUAGAAAUAUUAGUUAUCCUAAAAAUGAUUCUCGUCAAGAAAAACGCUUAGCAACUAUUUGUGCAAGAACAGAACAGGGUUGUGAGACGAUCUUGAAUUGUCUGAAAGAAAAUCAGCACAAUAUUGAAUUACAAGCAUUAUUGGAAGAAUAUUCUACUCAUCCGCCACAUACAAUGCCUUAUCGAGGUUUCUGUUUAUUGAACACGUCAAAUCCGACAGUAACAAUUAAAAAAUGUUUAAGCGAAAGGCGACCGAUUUACUAUAUUUUUUCUGGUAUGGGUACACAAUGGCCUGGCAUGGGCAAAGAAUUAAUGAAAGUAAAACAUUUUCGACAAUCAAUUGAAAAAUCUUCGCGAGUCUUGGAACAGUAUGGAAUAGAUUUAUGUAAAUUAAUUGAAACUGGUGAUGAAGUUGAAUACGAUAAAACAAUAAAUAAUUUUGUCGCAAUUGCUGCAAUACAAGUUGCAUUGGUCGAUUGUCUUAAACAAUUAGGCAUCCAGCCCGAUGGCAUCAUCGGACACAGUGUUGGUGAAUUAGGCGCAAUGGCUGCCGUUGGACUAUCGUGGGAUAAAUGUGGUGAAAUAUGUCCAAAAGAUGUUGUGCCUGCAUGUCAUAAUGCCAAAGACACAGUAACAGUAUCAGGUCCCAAAGAGAGCGUUGACCGUUUUGUUGAAGAGUUAAAAGAGAAAGAUAUAUUUGCUCGUGCAGUACAAACAUCUGGUGUUGCGUUUCACUCACAUUAUAUGGUCAAAUUAGCUCCAUUAUUGAAAAAAUAUUUAGAAACUAUUAUUACAGAACCAAAAAAACGUAGCGAGCGCUGGAUAUCAUCGAGUGUACCAGAAAAACGUUGGAAUGAUGAAUUAGCUUUAUAUUCGUCUGCUGAUUAUCAUGUAAAUAAUUUGUGUAAUCCAGUAUUAUUUCAAGAAGCAUUACAUCAUGUUCCUUCGAACGCAAUAACAAUCGAGCUUGCACCACAUUGUUUGCUGUUAGCAAUACUAAAACGUUCACUAAGUCCCGAUUGUACACAUAUCAACUUUAUGAAAAAAGGAAAUAAUCAUGAUCAUAUUGAUUAUUUUUACACGAAUAUUGGUAAACUAUAUAAUGAAGGCAUUAAUAUGGAUAUAAUGAAUUAUUACUCUAAAGUUCAAUAUCCAGUACCAGUCAACGUUCCAUUUAUAUCUUCUCUUAUUUCUUCUCAAUGGGACCAUUCACAAGAAUGGCAAAUACCAACCUUUGAUAUGUUGGUCAAAUCGAGUAAUCAGUCAAAAUUAAAAUAUGAAAUUGAUCUAUCAGCAGCAUCACCAUCACCUUCCUCAUCAUCAGGUGAACAAACAGCCUAUUCAUUUGUGCUGGGUCAUCAAAUCGAUGGAAGAUGUUUAUUUCCUGCUACUGGUUAUCUAUUUCUUGCAUGGAAAACAUUAGCAACAUUUUAUAAUCAACCGUAUCAUGAUUUACCUGUCGUAUUUGAAAAUAUUCAAAUUCAUCGUGCCACAAUGUGUAAUCGUACAAAUAAAACAAUAUUUUACGUUAGUCUACUUCCGACAAGUGGACAAUUUGAAAUAAUCGAAAAUAAUUCAACUGUUGUUACCGGAAAAAUAUCAUCUACUAAAGAAUCUGUAUUAAAAAUGCAAAAUAUUAAAGAUAAUCUUGUCAAACAAAAUCAAUCAACAACAGCGACAACUACAUACUUAAAUUCAAAUGAAAUUUAUCGUGAUUUUAAUUUACGAGGUUACGAGUAUCAGGGUCUAUUUCGUGGUAUUAAACAAAUGAAACUUGAUGGUAUAUGUGGUACAUUAAAAUGGAAUAAUGAAUGGAUAUCCUAUCUGGAUACAAUGUUACAAGUACAUUUAAUUACCACAAAUGGUUUACAAUUACCUACAAGAAUAGAAUCAUUGAGAAUUGAUCCUCAUAAACAUAUGCAAGAAAUUGAAACAAACAAUGAAAAUGGUGAACAAACGUGUCCAGUUUAUGUUGAUCAUUGGAAUCAAUUAUGUUUUAGUGGUGGUAUUGAAUUAUUUGGUUUACAUUCAACAAGUACAACAAAAAAAUAUUUACAACAAGAACCUGUCUUAGAAACAAUGACAUUUGUACCCUAUAAUGAAACAAAUAUCAAAUUAACAAAUGAUCUAGACACAUAUUUUCAUAAAUGUGAACAACUAGCAGAAAGUAUUCUAUCACAGAGGGCCAAUACAUUGUCAAAUGGAGAUACUGUAUAUUCAUUAGAUGAAAAUGAGAAUUCUAGAAAAAAUAUAUACAAUUUAUUACAAGAAUUAAAACAACAACCCAAUUCUGUAUCGACUGAAACCUCUAUGAAUGAUUAUUUAGCAAAAAAUCAACAAUUAAUUACUAAUGAUAUUUUAUUUCGAAAUUUAAUUGAUCAUACAUGUUUUUGUUCAUGUUUACAAACUGUAUUAGACAAUAUAUCACCAUUAUUAUCAUCUUUAUCUAUAUGCGAAUUUAGUUAUUCUAAUAACAAUGAUAUAACUCAAAAAAUCUAUGAUUAUUAUUCUCAACAAACAUCGUUAAAAACAAUUGAUUAUACACUAAUCACAAAUGAUAAUAAUUCUAAUUCUCAAUUAUCUGAAAAUAUUCAAAUUUUUAAUUGGGAUUAUUCACAAGAAAAAUUACCUAAAACUCCUCUUGAACAAUAUGAUUUAAUUAUUUUAAAUACAUUUACAUUUCGUAUAAAUGAACCAGAUAUAUUUUUAAAUCAAUUAAUAAAAUUAUCUAAACAAAAUAGUUUUCUAUUUUUAUUAACAUAUACUGAACAAAAUAGUUUAUUGAAAUUUGUUAAUCGACAAUCCUAUAUUAUGGGUGAUACAUAUUAUUUGAAAACAAUAUUUGAAAAAAAUCAAAAAUAUACUCUUCUUUCUCAUAAAACAGAUAAUUUAUUCUCAAGUCUAUUUUUGUAUCGAACAAAUCAACAACAAUUAUUAAAAACAACGAAUAAUGAAACUGUUAAUAUUGAAGAGGAUGAAAAUGAAGAUAUUAAAAUUAAUUUAGAUAAAACAGAUUAUUCAUGGAUUGAAAUGGUUAAAACAAGUAUGAAGAGAAAGAAACGUUUUUGGCUUAUAUCAACAAAACAAGAGAAUGGAAUUAUGGGAUUUUUUAAUUGUGUAAGAAGAGAACCAGGUGGAGAGAAUGCUAGAUGUGUUCAUAUUCAAACCGAUGUAAACGAUACUAUAUCAUUUGAUUGUCUCUGGGAUGAAUUACAAGCUAAAGAUCUUGCUGUAAAUGUUUAUUGUAAUAAUUCAUGGGGCUCCUAUAUUCAUUCAGAAAUGAAAAGAGAAUCAAAUUGGAAUGAAACAGAUUUUGCACAUGUCAAUGUAUUGAAUCGUGGUGAUUUGUCAAGUUUAAUGUGGAUUCAAUCUCCAACAAUAAUAAAUUCAAUAAAAUAUGAUACAUGUACGGUUCAUUAUGCAUCACUCAAUUUUCGUGAUAUCAUGUUAGCAACAGGAAAAUUGAGUCCAGAUGCUAUUCCAGGUUAUUUAAAAAUGCAUGAUUGCCUAUUGGGAAUGGAAUUUGCGGGUAUAGAUUCUUCUGGUCACCGAAUUAUGGGUCUAUUAUCAGCAAAAGGUUUAGCAACAAAAGUAGAAAUUGAUCGUCGUUAUACAUGGCGUGUUCCAGAGACAUGGUCAUUAGAACAAGCAGCAACAAUUCCCGUAGUCUAUUCGACAGCUUAUUACGCAUUGAUUAUACGAGGACAACUAAAACAUGGUGAAACAGUUUUAGUUCAUGCAGGCACCGGAGGAGUUGGUCAAGCUGCUAUAGCCAUUGCUUAUAGUAUGAAUUGUCGAGUAUUUACCACUGUUGGUUCAAAAGAAAAACGUGAUUAUUUAAAAAAAUUAUUUCCACAAUUGACUGAUGAACAUAUAGCAAAUUCACGUGAUUUAACAUUUGAACAACAAAUAAGAUAUUCAACACAUGGAAAAGGUGUUGAUGUUAUAUUAAAUUCAUUAUCCGAAGAUAAAUUACAAGCGUCCGUUCGUUUAUUAGCUCAACAUGGACGAUUUCUUGAAAUUGGUAAAUUUGAUUUAUCACAAAAUAAUCCAUUAGGAAUGUCAAUAUUUUUAAAAAAUACCAGUUUUCAUGGAAUAUUAUUGGAUGCUUUAUUUUCUAAUAAUGAUGAUACAUCAAAUCUUGAUUGGGAACGUGUCUAUGAUCUUGUACAAGGUGGAAUUGAUUCAAAUGUUGUUCGUCCACUAGCAGCAAAUAUAUUUGAUUCAAAUAAUAUUGAACAAGCAUUUCGAUACAUGGCACAAGGAAAACAUGUUGGAAAAGUUGUUAUCAAAGUCUACAAUGAAUUGAAUCCUCGCAUACGUGCAAUACGAAAGACAUGGUUUUCACCGCAAAAAACUUAUAUAAUUACAGGAGGUCUCGGAGGUUUUGGAUUAGAACUUGCACAAUGGCUUGUUGAACGUGGUGUAAAAAAUCUCAUUUUAUCAUCUCGAACAGGGAUACGCAAUGGCUAUCAAAUGAAAAAAAUAAAAUAUCUAGAAAUUUUUUUUGAAACAAAUAUUUAUAUAUCAAAACAUGAUCCAACAAAUAAUAAACAAUGUCAUGCAUUAAUUGAUUAUGCUCACGAAAAAAUGGCUCCGGUUGGAGGUAUAUUCCAUUUGGCAGCAAUUUUACAAGAUGGUUUAUUAGAAAAUUUAGAUGUACAAAAAUUUCAACAAGUUAUUGAUAUUAAAUAUCAUGGUACAAUGUGUUUGGAUAGUGUAACACGUGAAAAAUGUUCUCAAUCAUUAGAUUAUUUUGUUGUAUUUUCAUCUAUCAGUUGUGGUCGAGGAAAUGCAGGUCAAACAAACUAUGGUUUUGCUAACUCAACAAUGGAACGUAUUUGCGAAAAACGUCGACAAGAUGGAUUACCAGCAUUGGCCAUACAAUGGGGUGCUAUUGGUGAUGUUGGCAUGGUGAUUGAAAAUUUAGGAAAUAAUGAUACUGUCAUCGGUGGUACUGUACCACAACGUAUGAUUUCAUGCUUAAAUACAUUAGAUAUAUUUCUACAGCAACAACAAAACGAGAUUAAAUCAGCAGUUGUGUCAAGUUAUGUAUUAGCUGAAAAAGUACAAAAAACAUCAAUUGUUACAACAAGUUUGUUGGAAACAAUUGCCCAUAUAUUAGGUAUUAAAGAUGCAAAUACAAUGAAUAAUAAUAGUACAUUAUCCGAUUUGGGUCUUGAUUCUCUGGGAAGUGUUGAAAUAAAACAAUUACUCGAACAAAAUUUUCAAUAUACAAUUACUCAUUCGAAAGAUAUUCAACAAUUAACAGUUAAAGAAUUAAAAGAAAUUGAUUCUAAGAAAGAACAGAAAAUAACUGUUUCAACAGAAGAAAAAAUCUUCAGUAAUACAUUAGAUACUCUAUUACCACAGAAUACUGUUGUAGAAUUAAAUGAUUAUUGUACAAAAGACAAGAAAAAUGAUAAUACGACAAGAUUAUUUAUUAUUCAUCCAGUUGAAGGACAUGUGAUGAUGCUAAGCGAACUAGCAAAAUGUUUACCAUUUCCAGUUUACGGUCUACAAUGUACACAAGAUGUACCCGAUGAAUUUAUUGAACAUACAGCUUCAUACUACAUAAAGAAAAUUCGUGAAAUACAACCAGAUGGUCCAUUAUCUCUCGCUGGUUAUUCAUUGGGUGCUUGUAUUGCAUUUGAAAUCGCUUUACAGUUAUCUCACAAUAGUAUCAAACAUUUAUUAUUGUUAGAUGGUUCUCAUUCUUAUGUUGCUGCACAUACAAAAAAUUAUCAUGCAAAAUUUGCAGAAAUAAAUCAAGCAGAAGCUGCAGUUUUAUAUUUCUAUAUGCAACAAUUUUUACCUAAUUUAGAUCAGAAAAAAAUAUUAUUUGAACUAUCAUCAUUACCAUCAUAUGAAGAUCGUUUAACGUUUGCUGCUGAACAAUUAGAUAAUAUUCUACAUUUCGGAAAAGAUAAUUUACGAUUAGCUGGACACAAAUUUCAUAAUAAAUUAUUUGCAGCUCACAAAUAUAUACCAUCAAGAAAAAUUGAUUGUCCAAUAACAUUAUUUCGUGUAAAAAUAAGUUCAGAAUAUAGCGAAACAAUUGGAGAAGAUUAUGGUCUUGAUCAAGUGUCAGAAAAACCCGUUCAAGUCAUUAUAACAUCCGGUGAUCAUCGCACAUUUUUACUCGGCUCAAAUAUUCGAACGUUAGCUAAGCAAAUAACCCAAAUUGUCCAACAUUGA